AUGACGGCUGAGCAACAGAGAGUUAGUUGUCCUGGCGACGAGUCUGUUAGUGGUCUCCAACUCAAAGACGUUCCUCUGACCACCGUCUCUGGUACCAUACUUUGUGACGUUUCAACUCCCUUUCAUCGUCCUUUCGUGCACGCCUCGAUGCGUCGAGCUGUAUUUCAAACUUUCCAUGGACUCUCCCACUCUGGGAUCCGAGCCUCUCAAAAGCUCCUCGCGGAAAGGUUUGUCUGGCCUGGCAAGAACAGGGACGUCAAAGCUUGGGCUCGGUCCUGUCUGAGCUGCCAGCGCAACAAGGUGCAGCGUCACAACAAGUCCCCACCAGGCACUUUCCCCAGUCCCGACGCACGGUUCAGCCAUGUGCACUGGGAUGUCGUAGGCCCCCUGCCUCCAUCCAAUGGUUUCACCCACCUCCUUAACUGUGUCGAUCGAUAUAUCCGCUGGGUUGAAGCUAUUCCUUUGCCGAAUACGCAGGCUGGAACCAUCGUGAAGGCCUUCGUCAGUCGUUGGGUCGCCAUGUUCGGCGCCCCAUCCACGAUUACGACUGAUCGUGGUGCCCAGUUUGAGUCGGCACUCUUCCAAACGCUACUCAAUUUCCUUGGCUGCACACGCAUUCGGACAACAGCCUACCACCCAACUGCCAACGGUAUGAUUGAGCGUUUCUAUCGCCAGCUAAAGACCGCCCUGUGCGCCGUAGAAGACCCAGGAAACUGGUCGGACAACCUUCCUCUUGCAUUCCUCGGCAUCCGCGCAGCUCUGAAGUCGGAUCUGGGCUGUAGCGCAGCUGAAUUGGUUUUCGGUACCACCCUCCGACUUCCAGGCGAGAUGAUCACCCCAGCUUCUUGUUGGAUCGAUGAGACUCCUGACAACCUUGUGCACCGUUUGCGGCAAUUUAUGCGCUCGCUUUCUCCGGUUCCACCUCGAACGCCAAUGACUGAGUCUUAUGUCGAAAAAGACUUGGACAUCUGUACUCAUGUGUUCGUCCGAUGUGACUGUGUGCGCCAGCCGCUGGAAUCCCCAUACGAAGGACCGUUCCGCGUACUCGCGCGCAACGCCAAGACAUGCCGGAUUUUUCGCGGUGACAAGGAGGACGUGGUCAGUGUCGAUCGGGUCAAGGCUGCUGUUGCAGAGAAGCCGCCGGACCUGUCACAAGGACAAAAUUAUGCUGACCCCCUAACCCCUCUUCCUCAAUCUUCCCUAUCCCCUGCUCAUUCACCCUGCCCACUGCCUCGCAUUUCCCCUCCCUUGCCAUCUACCCCUCCGUCCCGCAUACUUCCUCUCCCUAUAUGUCUACAGCAUCCAACUGCAACAUCAUCCUCCACCAUAGCACGCAGUCAACUCUCUUCGACUGUACCUCCUGCUUACGUUACUCGCAGUGGCCGUCACGUUCAUUUCCCGGAUCGUUUAGUUACGCAUUUUUUCUAG